AUGAAGAAACGCUGGAUUUCGCUGAUUUGUAUUGUUUUACUGGUGAUAAUCAGUCUGUCGAUUGUGCUUGCAGUUCUGCUUCGAACCGACUCGGUCGAAGCCCAGCAAUCGGGAGUGGGCUGUGUCCCGAGAAACUAUGGCCAUGACAGCUUCGUUUGUGUGUGCAAUGUCACCUACUGUGAUUCCUUUGUCAAUGUGGCACCGGCUAGGGCGGGCAUCGUGACGACCUACCAGAGUGACCGUGAUCUGAAUCGAUUCGCCACUGGACAGUUGCAGUUCAGCAAGAACACCCUCGACGUUGGGGAUGGCAUUGUCGUUACCAUUGAGCGAGACCAAAAGUUUCAAACACUCUUUGGAUUUGGGGGUUCUUUCAGUGAUUCGGCCGGAUUGAACAUCGACAAGUUGCCGGCGAAGCUGGGAAAGAACAUUAUUAAAGAUUACUACGGAGGUAAUGGACUGAAAUAUUCAAUGGGAAGAGUGCCGAUUGGAGGGUCAGACUUUAGUACACGGGCGUACACUUACGAUGAUUCGGAUGUUGAGGAUUUCGACUUGGAAAACUGGAAACUUCAGCCGGAAGAUAUCCAAUAUAAGGUACAAACUCUAAAAGAAGCCACUACAGAAAUUAAACUGGUCGCUUCGCCGUGGUCUCCGCCAGCUUGGAUGAAAACCAACAAUCAACUUAACGGAAAGGGAGAACUGAAGGGCGAUCCCACUGGCAUCUACUACAAAACAUGGGCUGAAUACUUUGUCAAAUUCCUGGACACAUACAAGCAGCAUGACAUUCAGUUUUGGGGAAUCACAGUGCAGAACGAGCCACUUGAUGGAACCAUUGAGAACUUUGCCUUCAAUGCGCUUGGCAUGACCGCUGCCCAACAGAGGGAUUUUGUCUUUCAAACACUGGGCCCCAAAUUAAACGCUUCGGGCUAUGGAAAAGAUAAACUGCAGCUCAUGAUCAUGGAUGACCAGCGAACACUGAUCAAGCACUGGGCAGACACCAUUCUCAGCCGAGAGGAAGCAAAACAAUAUGUCUCGGGCAUCGCUUACCACUGGUACAUGAAUCCGUUUAGUCCACCAGAGCUUCUUGAUGAGAUUCAUGAAAAAUAUCCGGAUUUUUUCCUAAUUUCAAGCGAAGCAUGCAUCGGAUCAAGUCCGUUUGACCGUAACCAAGUGGAAAUGGGCAGUUGGACCAGAGCGGAAAGCUACGCCUAUGACAUCAUCCACGACUUGCAGCACCACACGACGUCCUGGCUAGACUGGAACCUGGCGCUAGACACCACUGGCGGACCGAAUUGGGUUCAAAACAAGGUAGACUCUCCCAUUCUAGUGAACGCCACUGCUCAGGAGUACUACAAGAAUCCAAUGUACUACGCACUGGGGCACUUUACUCGAUUCCUUGAGCCAGGGUCGGUGCGACUGGGCAUCUCACAGAACAAGGAGUCGCUUGAGGUGACCGUCUUCUCUACCCCGUCCAAGUCAACAGUGGCCGUGGUCCUCAAUCGCUACCAGUCGCAGAUUCCACUGCAGAUUAACGACCCCAAGUACGGUGCAAUUCGAACCACAAUGGACGCACAUUCUAUCAAAACGUUUGUUUGGUUUGACUGA